AUGGAUAAGCACGGCGUGAAGACCCCCUUGUGGAAGAAGGAACUGGAGGAGGCCGAGGCCAGGGAGGCGGAGCGGGAGGAGGAGGCCGAGGUGUCGGGGGAGGAGGACGAGCAGAGGCCAACGGCAGAGAACCCGGCGGAGGGCGGCGCGGAGGGCGAGACGGAGGCGCGCGAGCCGGAGGAGCGCGCGGCCGGGGAGCGGAGUUCGGUGUCCUACUGCCCGCUGCGCCAGGAGCCCAGCGGCCAGCAGGUGGCGCCGCUGAGGCGCGUGGACAGCAGCUUUUGGAGUUGGCUCAGUCCCUUAGUGCUGCUCGCCGGCCUAGCGGCUCCGGCCGAAAGGACGCGUCCUCUUCCCGAGGAGCCGUGCGUGUUGGAGACGCGGCGGCGACCGCCGCGCCACGGAGGCUGUGCGCGCUGCGAGAUCCUUUUUUGCAAGAAAUGCAGGAAUCUGCACAGCCACCCGGCCUAUGUGGCUCACUGUAUUCUGGAGCACCGGGAUCGGGGUAAGCAGGAAACCAACGGCGUGCUCGGAGUCUGGCCCCCAAUUCUCUGCAUCCUUCUCCUGUCCCCUGACACGGAGCCCUGUCCGGCACCUCCCACAGAACUGCUCCCUUGUCCGAGCCGCCUUUCGGAGCACGCCCUCUGGCGAGAAGGCACUGUUGGUGCGAGUCCCACCUGUCAUCUAGCGGAGCCCCAAGCAGAGCCCAGUAUGAUCCAGAACCUCACUUCUGCCAUAGCGCUCCGUGGAGGGCUCUCGCCCCAGGCAGCACCCAGCACCUACCACCCACCUGUUUCACGUCCUCACCUGCAUCUCUUUCAGGUCCUUCCGGCAGAGACACCGCCUAGAGAAAAUAAACUCCUGAUUCCCUCAUCCCUGUGA